AUGGAGUGGCCGACACGAGAGGCCGAGGCCGAUUACAGGCGCGCGGUGGACCUGCUGAAGUGGCCCAAUCGCGCCAAUGGCCUGGAAGGUCUGCUGUUGCUGCGGUCGCUCGCCGUGGCGGGACGUCACCCCGCCGCCUCGUGGACCCUCCGCGCCUGCCGCCGCUUCCCCAGCGGCACGCAAGCAAGUGACGAGGAUUGGGCGGCCGGGAUGGACUGGGACGUUGCCAUGGAGGUCUGGCGCGUGCACGCCGAACGCGACGAUCACCCCAUCGCCCACUACCUCCUCUCCCGCAAGUACACCAUCUUCAGUUGUGAAGAGGAGCCACCGGCCUGGAGUACGCACCUGCAAAGGGCAGCCGACUUGGGCUACCCGCUCGCCCUCAAGGCCCUCGCUGUCUGCUAUGAUGGGGGGCGGGGAGUGCUCAUCGAUCUGUUGGAAGCGGUGAAGCUGUUCGAGAAGGCCGUGGCCGCCGGCGACAUCGAUGCCCAGUACGAUAUGGGCGUGGCCUUCCUCCGCGGCUGCGAUGAGCCGGCUCAGUUGACUGGCGCAAUAGGCAUGCUGGAAAAAGCGGUUGCGCUGGGACAACCGCAGGCAAUGACCAGAUUGGGGCUCUUCUACCGCGAAGGACGCCGCGCGGGGUUUGCGAGACGGUGGGCGGUUGGGCCGGAGCAAGACCCGACCAAAGCGGCCGAGCUCUUCCAGCGCGCAGCCGACCUGGGCGACCCGGAGGGGAUGCGCCACCUGGCCGACGCCCACGCAGACGGCCAGCAGGGCGUGCCGCGGGACGUGCGGCGCGCGUUCCAGCUCUACUGCGAGGCCGCCCUCCGCGGCUCCUCCGAUGCGCUCACCCGCCUUUUCAACCUUCUUUUACUCGGCGUCACCACCUCAGGUCAACGCCACGAGGUGCUGUCGAACGACGCCGAGCUGGCGCUGCAGGCCUUCGAAAGCGCGCGCCAGUACGGGCACAGGGGCGGCUCGUCCGGCUGGCUCUUUCUCAAGAGCCUCCUGGCCGCCUACUUUACGCCACUUAUUGGCGCCGAUGACGGCGCAAACGCGGCGCCCGCGUCGCUGUUCCACAUCUGCUGCGCGCGGGUGAACCGCGAGAUCGAGGCCGAGAUCUUGGCGCGGGCUGCCGGCGGCGACGGCGAGCGACCGGGUCCGUUCGAGCGGGCGGUGGCAACGCGUGUGCCGUGCGACGCGCGCGAACGGCUGACCAGUGCCAACUCGUUGCGACAGUGCGACCGGCUCGGUUGUAGGAGAAAGUUCUUCGGCGACGGUCGCAUGACACGCGCCUACUGCUUCGUGCCAACAUCGGCGUCAUCAGCAUCGUCAUCGUCGUCGUCGUCGUCGCUGGACAAGGUGGUGGCACGCCUCCACUUUUGCAGCGUCCAAUGCUGGCGGCAAGCUAUGACGCUCGGUGGUGGCGCACGGCCCGCGCUGGGAUCACUGGUGGGGGUGGUGCAGGUGGACGAUUAA